AUGAAGAUCGCUCCUUUCUGGGCCGCUAUCGCCCUAUUGGUUCCACGGGCUCUAGCAGAAUCCAUAGCGACAUCUGCUACGUCCACUACCUCUACUGCCGCGGCACCAACCUGUACAUCUUCCCUCAUCGCCAGUCUCUGCGGCUACACGAAACCCGACUCCGACUUUGCCGUCGCCGCCGGCAGCAGGGCCUCCUGCUGGGACUACUGUAACGACCACCCUCCCUGUAACUUUGUUCUCUUCCAUGCCGGCAACCCUUACACGGGCACCGGCACGUGCUGGCUGUACCCGGGUGAAAGCUUCGAUGAGAGCAAAGGUAGUUCGGAUUGCGCAAAUCCCUAUCUGUUUGCCUACAGUCAGCCCGUGUGUGCUGGUGGGAGCGCAACCACCACUGCUGGCGGCUGCGCCGCCACCGCGACUCCCUCUGCUGUUGCCUCGGUCUGCGGGUACCCGCCGCCUGAAACCUGCUUUCAAGAUUGUCAUGCUAGUUCGGGUGCAUCGGACUGCUUGAGUCAAUGUGCAAAGGCCGAUUCCUGCAGCUAUGUCGUCUUUAACCCGGGGGGUUCAAGCAAAUCGCCGUAUGCCUCGGGAACAUGCUGGAUCUAUCCGAACGGCACAUUCGACGCUGGGUCUACGACCACUUGUAGUGACGGUCCUGAGCUGUUUGUGUAUGAUAACGUGUGUCCCAAGCCAUCACCUUCAUCGUCCUCCCGUUCGUCAUCUGCUACGGAAAGCUCUAGUGGCACUGGAACUGCAGGCACUGCUCCGGACUCCACUACAGGCACUACUCCGGACUCCACUACUAGCGCUGCUACGGGCUCAACCACUAGCAGCGGGAAUUCUGCGCCUGCUGGUCUCUCGCUCACUAAUCCAUGGGCUAUAGGCGUAGCUAUAUUAAUAUGGCAGGUCAUUUAA